AUGUCGACCAACUUCCGCGACCGGGCCAUCGCCGAGGUCCAAAAGGCCAUCGCGGCGGACCACGCCAAGGAGUACCAAAAGGCCUUUGACCUGUACAUGUCGUCGAUGGAGCUCUGGGUCAAGGCGCUCAAGUGGGAGAAGAACAAGGCGCUCAAGGCGACGAUGCAGGAGAAGAUGGCCACGUACCUGGACCGCGCCGAGAAGCUCAAGCAGUUCCUCGCCGCCGAGGCCGACAACGCCAACGGCGGCAAGGCCCUGAUGGGCGCCAACGGGUCGAGCACGGGCAAGGGCAAGAGCGCGCCCGAGGACGACGACAGCAAGAAGCUGCGCAACGCGCUGUCGGGCGCCAUCCUGCAGGAGAGGCCCAACGUGCGGUGGGAGGACAUUGCCGGGCUCGAGGGCGCCAAGGAGACGCUCAAGGAGGCCGUGGUGCUGCCCAUCAAGUUUCCGAGCCUCUUCCAGGGCAAGCGGCAAGCGUGGAAGGGCAUCCUGCUAUAUGGCCCGCCCGGUACCGGCAAAAGCUACCUGGCCAAGGCCGUGGCCACCGAGGCCAACAGCACAUUCUUCAGCAUCAGCAGUUCCGAUCUCGUGAGCAAGUGGAUGGGCGAGAGUGAACGGCUCGUCAAGGCGCUCUUCUCGAUGGCGCGCGAAAACAAGCCGUCCGUCAUCUUCAUCGACGAAAUCGACGCGCUGUGCGGGCCGCGCGGCGAGGGCGAGUCGGAGGCGUCGCGGCGCAUCAAGACGGAGAUUCUGGUGCAGAUGGACGGCGUGGGCAACGACAGCAAGGGCAUCCUGGUGCUGGGGGCGACCAACAUCCCGUGGCAGCUGGACGCGGCCAUCCGGCGGCGGUUCCAGCGGCGCGUGCACAUCGGGCUGCCCGACCUCAACGGCCGCGCGCGCAUGUUCAAGCUGGCCGUCGGCGACACGGACACGGCGCUGCAGGCGGGCGACUACAACGUGCUGGCGGCCAAGUCGGACGGCUUCUCGGGCAGCGACAUUGCCAACGUGGUGCAGCACGCGCUGAUGCGGCCGGUGCGCAAGAUUCUGCAGGCGACACACUUUAAGCCGGUCAUCAAGGACGGCAAGCGGAUGCUGACGCCGUGCUCGCCCGGCGACCCCGACAAGAUUGAAAUGACGUACGACGACGUCAACUCGGACGAGCUGCUGGCGCCCGACGUGUCGCUCAAGGACUUUGAGGUGGCGCUCGAGGACUCGCACCCGACCGUGUCGCAGGAGGACGUGCAGAAGCAGGUCGACUGGACAAACGAGUUUGGCAGCGAGGGGGCGUAG